AUGGAUGCUCAGAACAUGGAGGUGAGAUGGUAUAAUCUCCAUUUAGGCCUGGUACAUCAUUAUAAGUCUUCCCAGGAUCAUACAGAACAUCAAAGUCUAGAGUACCGAGGGCGGACAGAGUUCCUGAAGGAGAAUAUUACCACUGGGCAGGUGGCCCUGAGGAUUUGUCAUAUUCACUCUUCAGAUGAAGGGGAGUACAGUUGUUUCUUUUCAAGCUCAGGUACAGGACCAUAUAUUCACAUUGAGCAUAAUAAAGCCGGGGGAUUUAAGCUGACCUGCACAUCCACGGGAUGGUACCCAAAGCCUGAGGUACUAUGGAGAGAUAUGGAAGGACAAUAUUUGAUGUCAGCCUCUGAGACAACGGUAGAAGAACAAAAUGGUCUAUUUUAUGUGGAAACUUCUAUUAUGGUGGAUGAAAGUUCCAAAGGAAAUGUUUCAUGUUUCAUAAAGAACCCAUUAUUUCAAGUGGUGAAAGAAGCUCACAUUUCAUUAGCAGGUGCCUUAUUCCCUAAGAAUAAUCCUUCGACAGUUGGGCUGGCUGUGUUCCUUGGUCUACUGAUUGUUUCCAUAGUGAUCAUCUUGGUUGUAUGCAAGAUUAAACUCAAGAAAGUUAGAAAUGAUAGAGAUAAUAUCCAUGACAACUUUGAGAAAGUCAAUAAAGAACUUGGUCUGGAUAGAGUUCGACAAUAUGCAGAAGACAUAAUCCUGGAUAAAGACACUGCUCAUCCUUAUCUUCAUGUGUCAGAUGAUGGAAAAACAGUGACAUCUUUGCAAGAAAAGCGGGUCGUGUCUGACAUUCCUGAACAAUUUGAUACUAUGGUGGCUGUAUUAGGUCAGAACACCUUCUCUAAUGGUGAUCAUUAUUGGGAGGUCAGUGUACAGGGAAAGAACAGGUGGACAAUAGGAUUGUGUGUGGCCUCAAUUAACAGGAAAGGACAAGAUAUAUCUGCUCAUCCUAAGAAUGGUUUCUGGACACUUUGCCUGAAGAAUGGUGUUUAUAAGGCCCUUUCUACUCCUCAUUCUACCCUUCAGGUUCCAGAACACAUUUCGACUGUGGGAAUUUUUCUGCAGUAUGAAAAAGGUUUGAUAUCUUUCUACAAUGUGACAGAUUUUACCAUUCUUUAUAUAUUCAAAAUAGAAUCCACUGAAAAACUGAAGCCAUAUUUCUACCCUGGACCUUAUAGUGAAGAAAACAGUGCUGGACUUACUCUCCUGAAGAUAUCACCAACAGGGAGUGAGUUACUUUCUGGAAAAGACUAA